AUGCAAUUGCAGCACGCUUGCGCGCUAAGCGAAUCGAGGCCGGAGCUUUUGACGUUGGCCUCGCCUGAAGUGCGCUUUGUACUUGAUACGGAUACGCAAAAUCCGCUAGACGUGCAAAUGUACACCCUUCGUGAUACGAAUGCUCUUGUGGAAGAGUUCAUGCUUCUAGCCAACAUUACUGUGGCCAAGAAGAUUGUGCGUCAUUUUCCGACCUCCUCAAUGCUACGGCGGCAUCCUGCACCUUCUAAACGCCAGUUUGAUCCACUGUGCAGCCAGGCGAAAGCUAUUGGUGUUGAGCUGCACGUGGAUACGUCCAAGCAGCUCCAAGAUUCGUUGGACACCGCUGACUUGCUUGUCGAGAAUGGAGAAGGUGCUAUUUCAGCUCAGGUGAAGUGGCGCCCUCCAGAGUACCACCACUACGGUUUGCUUGUAGCUCCAAUUUACACGCACUUCACUUCACCUAUUCGACGAUACGCUGAUGUAGUUGUCCACCGCUUGUUGGCUGCUGCCAUCGGUGUUGCACCGCUGCCAAGCUACCUCGAAAAUAAGUCUCACCUGCAUGAGAUCAGUGACCAGCUCAACCGGCGCCACCACGCAGCUCAGCUCGCUGGUAGAGCCUCGGUGACUCUACACACGGUGUUGUAUUUCCAGCAGUAUCCGACACGUACCGAUGCCGUCAUCACGAAGGUCAAGAGCAAUGGCGUGGGGGUGAUGUUGCCCAGUUUCGGUAUCGAGGGCAUGAUUUUCUUGUGUGGCAAAGUAGAGCAAGAUGACGAGGACGUCGUGCGCUAUGAUGCAAGCCGCCACUCGCUUACGUUGGUGCAGGAGAACAGCCGCACGCUGCAGGUCUUCGACCGCGUGCGCGUCAAAGUGUACGUUGCUCUGGGCUUUGGCAAUCGCCAGGAAGUCAAAAUGGACUUGUUGGACGAAGAUGAUGGAUUGGACGACGAAGCAGAGGGCAAGUCCCAAGAGGAAGCAAAAGCUGCAGUUUUCAAGAAGCGUAAGGCAGCCGCGUAA